CAUGAUGACCUGACAAGAUAUAGGACGGUCCUGACUAUGCAGCGCAGGUACUGAUGGGAAAGGAUCCAAUAUGAGUGUAAAUGAUGUUGGAGGAAGACGACGCUUUGAGGAUAGCGAGUACACGCUGCACAUAUACCCUGGGAGCAUCGCAGAAGGGACUAUCUACUGCCCCAUCACCGCCAGGAAAACUUCCACGGCUGCCGAGGUGAUUGAUUCACUCAUUAAUAAACUUCAGCUCGAGAAAACAAAAUGUUACGUCCUUGCCGAAGUGAAGGAGUUUGGUGGGGAGGAAUGGAUCCUCAACCCUACGGACUGCCCAGUCCAGCGCAUGAUGCUGUGGCCUCGCAUGGCCCUGGAGAACCGCAUCAGUGGCGAGGAUUAUCGCUUCCUCCUGCGAGAGAAGAACCUGGACGGCUCCAUUCACUAUGGGAGCCUCCAGUCCUGGCUGCGGGUGACAGAGGAGCGUCGCAGAAUGGUGGAGCGUGGCUUCCUUCCCCAGCCGCAGCAGAAGGACUACGAUGACUUGUGCAGCCUGCCAGACUUGAAUGAGAAAACGCUCCUGGAAAAUCUCAGAAACCGCUUCAAGCAAGAAAAAAUCUACACCUAUGUAGGCAGCAUCCUCAUUGUUAUUAAUCCAUUCAAGUUUCUACCUAUUUAUAACCCCAAGUAUGUCAAGAUGUAUGAUAACCAUCAGCUGGGAAAGCUGGAGCCCCAUAUUUAUGCUGUGGCAGACGUGGCUUACCACGCCAUGCUUCAGCGGAGGAAGAACCAGUGCAUCGUGAUUUCGGGAGAGAGCGGGUCGGGAAAGACACAGAGCACCAACUUUCUGAUUCAUCACCUCACUGCCCUCAGCCAGAAGGGAUUUGCCAGUGGAGUAGAACAGAUUAUUCUUGGAGCUGGACCAGUGCUUGAGGCUUUUGGAAAUGCAAAAACAGCACAUAACAACAACUCGAGUCGCUUUGGCAAAUUUAUUCAAGUGAAUUAUCAGGAGACGGGCACUGUGCGAGGAGCUUAUGUUGAAAAGUACCUCCUGGAGAAAUCAAGACUAGUCUAUCAGGAGCACAAUGAACGGAACUACCAUGUAUUUUAUUACCUCCUGGCAGGAGCAAGUGAGGAAGAGAGAUCAGCAUUUCAUCUGAAGCAGCCUGAGGAAUAUCAUUACCUCAACCAGAUGACAAAGAAACCCCUCAGACAGAGCUGGGAUGAUUAUUGCUAUGACUCUGAGCCGGACUGCUUUUCUGUGGAAGGGGAAGACUUGAAGCAUGACUUUGAGCGGUUACAACUAGCUAUGGAGAUGGUGGGGUUUCUUCCCAAAACUCGCAGACAAAUUUUCUCUCUCUUGUCGGCAAUACUACACUUGGGUAACAUCCGUUACAAAAAGAAGACUUACCGGGAUGACUCCAUCGAUAUUUGUAACCCUGAAAUACUACCUAUUGUGUCAGACCUGCUGGAGGUGAAAGAAGAGAUGCUGUUUGAGGCCCUGGUUACCAGAAAGACAGUGACAGUAGGAGAGAAGCUGAUCUUACCGUACAAACUGGCAGAGGCUGUGACCGUACGAAACUCCAUGGCUAAAUCGUUGUAUAGCGCCUUGUUCGACUGGAUAGUGUUCAGAAUUAACCAUGCACUCCUCAACUCAAAGGACAUGGAGGAAAGCACCAAGACUUUAUCCAUUGGAGUACUUGAUAUUUUUGGGUUUGAAGACUAUGAAAAUAAUAGUUUUGAGCAAUUCUGCAUUAACUUCGCCAACGAGCGCUUGCAGCACUACUUUAACCAACACAUCUUUAAACUUGAACAGGAGGAAUAUAGAGCAGAAGGAAUUAGCUGGCACAACAUCGACUACAUAGACAACUCUGGUUGCAUCAACCUGAUCAGUAAGAAGCCGACAGGCCUGCUCCAUCUGCUGGAUGAGGAAAGCAAUUUUCCUCAAGCCACAAACCAGACACUGCUGGACAAGUUUAAGCGUCAACACGAAGGGAACUCCUACAUUGAAUUUCCAGCAGUCAUGGAGCCAGCUUUCAUCAUCAAACACUACGCAGGCAAAGUGAAGUACAGAGUGAAGGAUUUCCGUGAGAAAAACACGGAUCAUAUGCGCCCAGACAUUGUAGCUCUCCUGCGAAGCAGCAAAAACGCCUUUAUCUGUGGGAUGAUUGGGAUCGACCCGGUGGCCGUCUUCCGCUGGGCAGUCCUGCGAGCGUUUUUCAGGGCGAUGGUUGCUUUUAGGGAGGCUGGAAAACGAUACGUGGAGAAGAAAACUGGGCAUGAUGAUGCAGUGCCAUGUGCGGUUUUGAAAAGUGUGGAUAGUUUUAGCUUUCUCCAUCACCCAGUUCAUCAGAGGAGCUUAGAGAUCCUGCAGAGAUGCAAGGAGGAGAAGUACAGUAUUACUCGGAAGAGCCCGCGGACACCACUCUCAGAUCUCCAGGGAGUAAAUACCAUCAAUGAGAGGACCCAGCGCGAUGCCUAUGCGGUUGGCUGGAACGGCCGAAUGGGGAUGCGGCACAACAGGCUCGCCAGCUCCGGUGCCUUCCUAGACAAAGAUGGGAUAUUUGUCAACGCGACUAACAGCAAGCUGCUGGAGAGGGCCCACGGCAUCCUCAUGCGAAAUAAGAACUUCAAAGCCAAACCCAAUCUCCCAAAGCACAUGCUGGACGUGAAGUCCCUCAAGCACCUAACCAACCUGACACUGCAUGACCGCAUUACCAAAUCUCUCCUCCAUCUCCAUAAGAAGAAAAAACCACCCAGCAUCAGCGCCCAGUUCCAGGCAUCGCUUAACAAGCUGAUGGAGACACUUGGCCAAGCAGAACCUUAUUUUGUCAAGUGUAUUCGAUCCAACGCUGAAAAGCUGCCCCUGCGGUUCAAUGACAGCCUGGUGCUCAGGCAGCUGCGGUACACGGGGAUGCUGGAGACCGUUCGCAUUCGCCAGUCAGGAUACAGCUGCAAAUACUCCUUCCAGGAUUUUGUGAACCAUUUCCAUGUCCUUCUGCCACAAGGGAUCAGCCCCUCUAAGCACAAUAUCCAUGAUUUCUUCAGGAAAAUAAAACUCGAUCCAGACAAUUACCAAGUUGGAAGAACAAUGGUUUUCGUAAAGGAGCGGGAGCGGCAGCUUCUGCAGGACCUGCUGCAUCAGGAGGUGCUGCGCCGGAUCACACUGCUGCAGCGCUGGUUCCGCAGCAUGCUCUGCAGGAGGCAGUUCCUGAGCUUAAGGCAAGCUGCAGUGAUCAUACAGAGAUUUUGGCGUAGUUACCAGAUCCGAAAGCAAGGCGAGCCAUCUCCGGACCCUCUUGUCCUCAGCAAAGCCGCCGUCAUUCUCCAGACCCACUGGCGUGGCUUUGUGCAGAGGCGAAGGUUCCUGCAGAUGCAGUUUGCAGCCCAUCUCAUCCAGAGCUGCUGGCGGGAGCACGCCAAGCGGCGGCAUGACGCAGCCACCAGCAUCCAGGCAGCCUGGCGAGGACACCGCGCAAAGCAGUUGUACACAGCCAGCAGAAGCAAAGUCGUCUGCUUGCAAGCGGUGUGCAGAGGAUAUUUAGCACGACAAAGGUUUAGAGCUUUGAAAGAGCAGCGAUUAAAAGAGAUGCAGCUGGAGAAUGGCCUGUCAGUUAGAGAAGAGGAUGGACUGGAGGCAGAUGAUGCGUUGGAAAUCAAGGGCUCCGACCCAUCUAAGUGGGAGGAUGGCUCAUUUGAAGAGCGAGUGAGAGCUGUAAAGGAACAUAAAUCACUGAUGGAGAAUAAUCGGGUGAAUCACAUGGACCCACUGGAUACUUCUGCAAAUUUAUUGUACAAAAGGCACGAGAGAGCCAGUAGCCAUAGCGGGAUGGACACUGAAGAGGAGGUCGCUGUGAGAGAGAGACCCAAGUCACUGGAGGAUCUCAACCAGAAAAAAGUGGUUCGUGCAAAAAGAGAAAGCCGGAGGAUGCGUGAACUGGAACAGGCAAAAUUUAGCUUGGAGCUGCUCAAGGUCCGGUCCACAGGCGGGCUGUCACCUUCAGAAGAGCGGCGGUGGUCCACCGAGCUUGUAUCUGAGGCACUUCAUUCCCCUCAGGGAACCCCGGAGAGUGAAAGCUCUCAAGGGAGCUUUGAAAUGUUAAGCUGUGAAGAUACCCCAAGUAAUAAACUCAUUUCCUUAGUUUUAACCGAGCAAGAUGUGCAGUCGUUUUCCACUGACUCUUUGCCUAGCAGUCCCCAGGCUCAUCUGCAGGAGAAGUCUUUCUGUGCGGCAGAUGUGAACAGCAAUUUACCCGGUUGCAGAAGAACGCCUUCAGACUUGAAGCCACCUGAUAACCUCACCGUGAAGGAGCACGUGGUCUGUGACCCCCAGAAUGUUAUACACAAGGCACAUCCAAGAGAAACCUUCCUUUCCAGCAACCUACCUACUUUCUAUGUUCCACCACAAGACAAUGUGAAGGUAAAGUUGAUGGAGAAUAACCUGAGGAACAAAGCAGUGGAAAGAGAGGAGAGGACAGUUACGUUCUCUGAGGUCAGAAAGGACUCUGAGCCAGACCAGAGAGGGGAGGAAGAGGAGAAGUCCUCUACCAAGAGAGAGGAACACGGGACAGUGACUGCAGCGCAGGCACAUUCUCCAGACUCAGUCAUCAAGAGACUGGAAAAGCUCAAUGUGGAGAAGGAGGAACGGCAAAAGCAGCUUCAGCUGCAAAAUGAGAGGGAAAUGAUGGAGCAGAUCCGUCAGCAGAAGGAAAUUCUGGAGAGACAACGCAAAGCCUUUGAGCAGCAAGGGAGGGUGGAGGCUUUGCAGAGGGCUGAGCAGAGCAGAAUGAAGGACCCCUCCCUCAAACCAACCAAAAAACCAGACAGCCGGCCUCUGUCGGUCCUCAUCCUGCACCCCCAGAGCAGAGGGGAGCACAGCCCCACCACAGGUGUGACUCCAACCUCAUCGGUGGACAUUAAAGGUCUCACCGUUGGGACCAGGGUAAGCUCUCCAGCCCACAGUGCCCCCAAAGACAGACCUGUCAGCAUGUUCAUGGAGCGAAGAGAAGGUCAAUCAGGAUCGGCGCUGGAACCCCGGUGCCGUUCCAGACCGGCUUUGGACCCCAGGGACCUCCCAGGCAGCCACUUCUCAAGGACAGAGCGCCUCCGGCAACCCCGAACGCCCAACCAGGCCACCGAGGAGACAAGGGCAAGUGCUAUGUUCUUCACGCCAAAAGACAAUCCCUUUGGCCUCCACAGAGAAGCAAAUCAUCAGUGCCUUUCCAAGGGUGAACUAGCUAGGAAGCCAUUUAAGAUGCCGGGGUCUGGCAGAGGAGAGGUUCCCAGACCGACCCAUAAAAAGAAAGCCCGCAUGGCGCGGACGCGCUCCGAUUUCUUGACUAGAGGUACUUUUGCUGAUGGGGAGGGGGAUACGGAGGAAGAUGAUUACGAUGGCAAUUUUGAGUUCCUUCUCUCCUCUGACCAACCUCCUCAUCCUGAGGCAGUGCCUGCAGCCCGGCUGGGGCAGGCCUGUUACAGUGACUCCGAAAUGACAGUACAGCGAUUCGCCUCUGGGGAAGGCCAAAUGAAACUGCACAAAACCAUGUCUCAGGGGGAAAUCGGGAAGCUGGCGGCUGCACAGAAGAGCCUAGCUCCAGAUGGGAGGCCUCAGCGAGCCAAGAUGAGGUUCUGGGCAAAGGGAAAGCAGGGUGAGAAGAAAACCCAACGGGAGAAGCUUGCUACCCAGUCUGAGCUGCUGGAGCUGUACGCAGAGCAAGAAGCCCCUGGCAGGGAGGUGAUAUCUGGCUUGCAGCUUGGCGAAGAGUUGGGUCCCCACCACCUGACCCCCCCACGGAGUCCCGAGCUGUCUGGUAUCUACCGGCGGGAGUUUAAGGAGAACAAGGAGCCCUCUCCCAAAGUGAAACGCAAGCGCAGUGUCAAGAUCAGCAACGUGGCUCUGGAGCCUGUGCAGUGGCAGAACGACUCACUGCAGAUCAUAACCAGUGCUAGCGACUUGAAGAGCAUGGAUGAGUUUCUCCUGAAAAAGAUGAAUGAACUGGAUAACGAGGACAGCAAGAAGGACACACUGGUGGAUGUCGUGUUCAAGAAAGCGCUGAAGGAAUUCCGACAAAACAUCUUCAGCUUUUACUCCUCGGCGUUGGCAAUGGAUGAUGGGAAAAGCAUCCGCUAUAAGGACCUCUACGCCUUAUUCGAGCAGAUUCUGGAGAAGACCAUGAGGCUUGAGCAGAGGGACUGGAGUGAGUCUCCAGUUAAAGUCUGGGUCAAUACCUUCAAAGUCUUCCUGGAUGAAUAUAUGAUAGAGUACAAACCCUUGGACUACACCGCCGUGAAGGUGCCAAAAACAGAACGAAAAAAGAGAAGAAAAAAGGAAGCUGAUGUGGUGGAAGAGCACAACGGUCACAUCUUUAAGGCAACCCAGUACAGCAUCCCUACCUACUGUGAAUAUUGUUCUUCCUUGAUCUGGAUAAUGGACAGGGCUUCUGUUUGUAAAUUAUGUAAAUAUGCUUGUCACAAGAAGUGCUGUCUUAAAACCACAACCAAGUGCUCCAAAAAGUAUGACCCCGAGCUCUCAUCUCGGCAGUUUGGCGUGGAGCUCUCCCGGUUAACCAGCGAGGAGCGAGCAGUGCCCGUGCUGGUGGAGAAGCUCAUCAACUACAUCGAAAUGCACGGGCUGUACACAGAGGGCAUUUACAGAAAAUCAGGGUCCACCAACAAGAUCAAGGAGCUGCGGCAAGGACUCGAUACAGACAUUGAUAAUGUGAAUUUAGACGACUACAACAUCCACGUCAUCGCCAGUGUGUUCAAGCAGUGGCUCCGAGAUCUGCCCAACCCUCUCAUGACCUUUGAGCUCUACGAGGAGUUUCUACGGGCAAUGGGCCUCCAGGAGAGGAAGGAGACAGUGCGGGGAGUGUAUUCGGUCAUUGACCAGCUCUCCCGCACCCACCUCAGCACCUUGGAGCGUCUUAUCUUCCACCUGGUGAGGAUUGCCCUCCAAGAAGAGACCAAUCGCAUGUCAGCUAAUGCCUUGGCCAUCGUCUUUGCUCCCUGUAUCCUCCGCUGCCCCGAUACGACGGACCCACUGCAGAGUGUUCAGGACAUCAGUAAAACAACCACUUGCGUAGAAUUAAUCGUCAUCGAGCAGAUGAACAAAUACAAGGCUCGUCUCAAGGACAUCAACAGCCUGGAGUUUGCAGAGAACAAAGCCAAGAGCCGCCUCUCCUUGAUCCGCAGAUCUAUGGGCAAAGGACGCGUGCGACGCGGCGCCUACCCCAGCCCAACAUCUCCUGUUGCCGUACGCUUGCCCUCUGUGACGGAUGUCCCCGAGGAGACCAUGAGCAGUGAGGAAGCCAUGGAGAUGGAGGUGACAGAGCAGCAGCAAGUGGCCAUGCAGCAGGAGGAGAAGGUGCUGACUGAGCAGAUCGAGAGCCUGCAGAAGGAAAAGGAGGAGCUGACGUUUGAGAUGCUGACACUGGAGCCCCGUGCCUCCGACGACGAAACCCUCGAGUCUGAAGCCUCCAUCGGCACUGCCGACAGCUCUGAAAAUUUGAACUUCGACUCCGAAGGAGCCAUCUCCGAUCGCUCGGGUAAAUCCAGAGGGUAAAAUUUACUCCCAUGCAACCCCACCAAGGUGGAGGGGCCAAGCCGGCUGCGAAGGCACCCCAGGACACGGCCAGACCCGGCGGACCCAGCCGAUGCCUCCGUCUCCUCCUCCUCCCAAUCGUCCACCUCCUGCUUGCCCCACCUGCCCCGGAAGCGCUUCCAGAUGUACUCCAAAUCACCUUUCUACCGAGCGGGGGGGUCCGGCGAGCCCCCUGAAAGCCGGGCAAGCCCCGAGGGCUUCGUGGGACCUCUCCGUUAUCCCGAGGACCGGCCUCAGUUCACCACCCGCGGGACGUUCAACCCGGAGAAAGGCAAACAGAAACUGAAGAGUGUCAAAACUUCCCCCCCGAAAACCAAAGAGCCCCCGGAUGGGGGGACGGGGGGGGGACGCAAGAGAAACCCCGAGGCCGACUGUGCCACUGCCCAACCCCUCGUCCUCCUGGGGAGCAACGAGUUCAUGGUCUGA